GUGGGUUAUCUAUUACUAAUGUCUAUUCUGUAGGGGGCUGUCCACGCAUGGUACCUAGCUAAGAUCCCCAUGGCUGUUUAGCUUGUAAAGUCAGCCAAAAAAAUGUUAAAGAUUAUCGCUUGUUCGUUCUUGCGGAAUGGGGGGAAAACCCUUAUACGUGUUGCCGGGUCCCCCCAUUCUUAUUCGGCCCGGACUUCAUCAACAAUCCGAUCAUUCGCGAUAUCUAACCGGUCUUCAAGGUUGCCACCUUAUUUGUUGAUGGACGUCAAUGGGAGGACAGUCAUGAGAGGUACGUUCUCCACAGCAGGUUCAGACAGAAAUAUAGAACCUACGGCGAAUCCCGCCGCUACAACAGACUCACUACGGGACGACCCUAACCUAGAGGACUUUGGCAGCCUGUCCGCUGACAUUGCUUCCAGGACGUCGUUUCGAAAAAGCAACCCGGAUAUCCAGAAUAUGAAAUACAAGGAGGACGAUGAAGACGAGACACAAAAACUGGCUAAAUCUAACAGGUCAGGCAGGAGAAACACGCCCUACUGGUACUUCUUACAGUGUAAGAAACUAAUCAAAAGUAACAAGCUCCAGCAGGCUUUGGAUCUGUUCAGCACAGACAUGCUGAAGGUGGAGAGGCUACAGCCGGAGGAGUACAACUACACUGUGUUGAUCGGAGGUUGUGGUCGCGCUGGACAGCUCAAAAAGGCCUUCAAACUCUAUAAUGAUAUGAAGAAGAGGGGUCUGGUUGCCACUGAUGCCACGUAUACUGCCCUGUUCAAUGCCUGCGCCGAGUCCAAGUGGAAGCAAUGGGGUCUGGAGAAAGCGCUGCACUUGGAACAAGAACUCCGUCACAAAAAUUACCACCUUAGUAAAAUUACAUACCACGCCCUUCUCAAAACACAUGCCAUGACCAAUCACCUUCAAGCUUGCCUUCAAAUACUUAGGGAGAUGCUACAGGAUGGCCACACUGUCACUCAGGAAACAUUCCAUUACCUGCUAAUGGGGUGUCUGAAAGACAAAGAAACAGGAUUUCGACUGGCUCUUCAGGUUUGGAAACAGAUGCUGAUGUCGAGGAUUCAUCCGGACUCGACAAACUACAACCUGCUCUUGCGUAUUGCUAGGGAUUGUGGGAUUGGUGAUCCUACACAGGCCACAAACAUUUUGCUGAGCUCCGAUUGGGCAAGUCAUAAACAAAGAGAAGACAAGCCAAGUGUCAAAUCAUGCUCUGGACGCAGGGUUUCCAUAGACAUUGACCUUUUAGAAAGACAGUUACUUAUCCAGCCUGAUCAUCACAGUGACAACUUGUAUCACCAAGGCAACAACUUCCAUGGCUCUGAUAGCCAUCAUAACAGUGUGGUUAUGCCAGGUGCUGAAGAGACUCCUUAUAACAGGCAAGACUUUGCCCAUAUGCCACUAGUUAUGGAAAGACCAAAUGACCCUACCUCUUGUCAGUUAGUGGCAAGUAUUGAGCCACCUAACCUUCUAAACCUUUUUGUGGGGAAAGGAGGGGACAUUGUCUCUCUUGGCACCAUCAGUGGAGCAACUGAUAGGCUCGCCUUAAUAGGAGGGCCCAAAGGCUUCCUGGAGAAAAUGGCAGAUGAUGGCCUCUGUCCAGACCUCAGAACCUUAACCCUGCUGGCUGAUACUAUGACACCAGGAAAGCAAUCUUUGCAGAUGCUUUUGCAUGUUGCCAAGCAAUACAAGGUAAAGCUUGAUACAGCAUUCUUCAACUCGGUGAUUCGCCGAGCAGCCAGAGCUGAUGACAUGGAUGAAGCAAAGGCUGUGUUGGAUGUAAUGAGACAGCGACAUGUAAAUGUGGAUGUACAGACAUAUGGCUGUCUAGCACUUGGCUGCAAGCAGAAGAAGGAUGGUCUUCAGCUGCUCAAAGACAUGGAGGAGGCGGGGCUGAGACCUAAUGUCUAUGUGUUCUCUGCUUUAAUUGGCCGAGCCGCUCAGAGGCUCGACUAUGUGUACCUUAAAGCACUUCUCAUAAGCAUGGCCGAGCUGAAAGUGUGGCCAAAUGAGGUCAUUAUCAAACAGCUAGAAUUUGCUGCACAAUAUCCUCCUAACUAUAACCAGUACAAGUCCAGGAACAACUAUCUCAUUCACAUAAAUGGUUUCCGUGGUUACUACCAGGAGUGGCUUAAAUUCAUGCCUGCCGAAACUGCUGAGACAGAACAGGUAAAGAUUCAGUCUGAGGCAGACCAGGCUGCACAGAAAGCAGAACCUCAGGAUGAUGGACUGAUGAUCUCCCAGAGAAACCAGCAAGCAGCAGAAAGGAGAUAUCACACUCGCAAAAGGGAUAAGCAGGGGAGCACAGGUUCCCUUUUGUAAUGCACAUUCUCAUACUUGCACUCACACAUUAUACUCUUCACUAUAACAGUCAUAUAUCAAAAAUAAAUUCAUAUGUCUCUGAUAGCUUGCUUGCCUCAAGCAGAAUGGACUUUGACCUCAGUUGCAUUUUGUGGUAAAAGCUGUGCAUCUUGGUUCUUGGCCUCAAAUUAUGUAUUGCAUACCUUAUUAAAAGUUAUUUUUGCAAUAAGGAUUAUUGUUGAUUUUCUAUGAUAGUGGAAAUAUAAGAAUGACAAAGAAA